AUGAUCUGGGAGUUUAAUGGAUCUUUAAGUUGGAUAAGUCCACUUCUUGACAAGUACGCAUUUAUCACUCAUGCAGUACUUCUUGAACCCGCCGACGAUCCCAAGCCCUAUUGCUUUAUGUGGGCCGCUUAUCAGGGUAGUACACCAGAUUCAGUAACAGUGUUACGCAUGUAUGUGUUAAUGUUUAAAAACAAGAGAGACGAUGAGUUUGGUGAAAACCCGACUUUAUAUUUUAACUUGAAGCCAGACCCAAGUCUAAGAUUUGAGAUCGAACUAGAAAAAAAUGAAAAAGUCCACAGUCUCGUUUCAAUCGAACGAGUCAAUCGCGACGCAUCGGAUUUACGGUUCCGUCGAGGCGAGGAGUCCUUAUUACUCAUCGGGACCCAAGAGAGAUCCCUGCUUUUCGAUUUAAAUAGAUGGUACGAAGAACAAAUGCCAUCUACAGUUGCUGGAUGCCGAAACCCUAAUAAUAUUUUGGCUUGUUACAAAGCGCGACAAGAGAAACCUUCUCGCGAAGAAAUAAUAUGUUGUUCUUAUAAGCCAAAGACAUUGCGAGAGUUUGCAAAGAAUGUUUCACACUCUCCAGAGGUAUUUUUUUACCCUCGUUCUUUGAGUUUGGAGUGGAUGAAUUUAUCGGAGAAAAAUGUAGUGUUCUGGUUGACUCGAGGGGUGCAGUCAGAGCUACUGCGAGAGAUAACCACAGCUGGACCCAUUGUACUAAUCAUGCCUAAUGAAACCUACCGUAGGUGUCUUCUUGCAGGGCUUGUGCCUUUUGAUUUCACCGUUCAAGAUUAUAGUGUAAGAGUAGAACAAAAAGUAGCUCGAGAAAUGCUGCUGUCGUUAUGCCUAGAUCAACGGUGGGCCAAUUUCUUAUUGCGCUGUGCCAUAGAGUGGUCGGAUGGCAGUGCAGAGUAUCUAUACUUAAAAUUUCUGAGGUGGAGUAUCCAACGUGGAUCUCAAAUCAAGUUGAUGGCCGAUCGUUUGUGCAAGCCGUUGUUUGAUCAGUCGGGUGUCAAUAUAGACGAGUCUGAGUUGAAAACGUUACAUCACUGUGUUCAGCAACUCGAAUGUUUGAAGACCGUUAUAUCAAAAUUACCCAAUACUGAAUACGAUUCAACUAAACAUAAAAGGGCCCUUAAAAAAAUAGCAGCCUAUUUUCAAGUUGUGUUGUGGUUUAAUGAUGUCGGUCUGUUGCCGGAAAUGCAAAACAUCGACGAAAGCGAUGACGUGCAAAUUUCAGCGCUUACGAAAAUUCAGUAUCCAAGAAAUAAACUUGUAGAGUCUUACAAGAAAAAAAGACGAGACGCUUGUACCAAGGAAAAUAAGGAAAAUGAUGUUUUAUUCAUUGAUCAAUUGAUUGCCAGAAAUUGUUCACCGCUCAAAGUGCAAUGGAAAGAAGAGUCAGACAGUGAGUGUCCUAGUCAAGAUGGUCUUUAUCCUCCUCCAUCGCUGCAGUCUUUGCUUAGGAGUUUUUUAACUGACUGCUAUUGCGAAGAAAAAAGUGACGAAGAGGAGGAUGAAGAUGGUCAAUUACCUGAAACGUACACUAAACACUGCAUCGUCUUCUACUUGCUCAUGGACCUGUGCAUGAUUCUCAAAGACUCAAAUUCAGCAGUCGAUCAACUUAUGAAGUAUCCCGCAGCUUUUAAGUUGAGUCCUAGUAUUAUUAAACUCAUCCGAGCUUUUUGGCUUCUCGAUCACGAGGAUUACGAUGGCUUUUUCAACAUCAUGACAAGCCAAAUUGUUUCCAGCAAUGACAUCGAAGACUGGCAGCAUGAACUCGCUAUAAAUUCACUUUUAAAAAACAAUCAACACAAAUUAGCUCUAAAUUAUCUGCUCAUUAUUAAACCACCAGUGAUAUCGUCCGAUCAUCGGCGCAUAAUGAUCGAUCUGGCGGUGGAACAGGGUCAUCUACUGUUAGCAUUCCAUGCACGACCGCAAUCGGAUUGCGGACCGUUACUCACGAGUUUCUUCCACUCAUGUGAAAAACAUGGAAAGCUCAGAAAAAUUUUGCAACUUCCCUUAAACCCGGAAGAAGAGAAAGCCUUUGACAAUUAUCUCAUAGAAAAUAAUAAUGACAAAACUAGAUUGAUCCACUACUUGCUGACGCACCGCCACGUAGAAGCCAGCCACAUUUUUUCUGUAAAAAAAAACUUUAACCCACAUCAAUCAAUUGAUGAGGAAAUAAACUUUAACUCACCCGCUUGGAAUUUACUAAAUUUGGUUCACAAAAACGUACCCGAAAUCUCAAAACGUUUUGCAAACAGCUGGAGAAAAAAUACCUCGACAUCGGCCAAGGGACGACGAUUUUCACCAUAUCCCAUUAUAAAUAACAACAAUGAGUCUCAUAAAUUUCACCAUAAACCAAUGUCUCAAUCGAGAGACGUUGAUGGUGAUGUUUACAACUUGGCAGUAGAAAAAACACUUGAGACGUGUCUCAAGCCCGAUCGAGGUGGGCUUGGACCAUUAAAUUAUACGCCUUUUCUAACUGCGCCAUGCGCAACAAUUAAUACUCAACCAAAGUUUGUUACUCAAAUAAAUAACAAUGGUAAUAUAAAUGAUAUGGUAUACCCAAAACGGAAGGUCUUCACGGGAAAGAGGGCUUUAAAAAUGGUAAUUGAGCCCGAUAAUGAAAUAGUCAAAAAGCAGCAAAAACUUAACAACGAAUCCAGGGACUCAACAUUGAAUGGUUGA